AACAAGAAAUUAAGCUAUAAUAUUGCUACUAAAGAAGCACAUAUAGAUUUUCAUUUUUUUUAAUAAUUCUUAGACCAUUGGCAUACAUUUUAAUUUAGGGCUAAUACCACUAGAAAACUCGAACUAUUAGCUUUGUGUCAUUUGUGUCCUAAAGUAUUCGAUAUGACAUUUUUGUCCCAACCUAUUAUAGUUUUGUGUCAUUUAUGUCUUGACGAUUUUGUUGACCGUUAUACAUAACGGUUGACCAGACGGUGGUCAACUUGAUGUUGACUUUUGCUGACGUGGCAGCCACGUAGAUGCCAUGUCAUUGACAACUCAUAUUUUUAAUACAAAAUUAAAUAAAUAUUAAAAUUGAAAAAAAUGAUAAAUUAAAAAAAAAACUCACCCAAGCAAUCAAUCCGAACAAUUAAAUAAAUACUAAAAUUGAAAGAAAAAAAACCAAAGCAAUAAAAAAUUCGCCGCCACUGUAGCCCAUAAAUCCACGUCGACGCUGUCAAACAAGGAUGCUCUCAAACAAUCAAUUCUCGCUGCCACUGUCGAACAAUCAAUCCCCGUCGGCGCUGUCAAACAAUCAAUCGAACAAUCAAUCCGUCCCCGGGGAUUGCCUUCCCCCCGCAGACAUCGCUGCCCAGCUCCCCGCCAAGAACCCAAAAGCCCCCGACAUGCUCGACCGCAUCUGCCACCUCCUCGCUUCCUACUCUGUCUCCGUCUCCACCCCUCGAAGCCUACCAUCGCCAUCAUCAGAGGCCGCGGCCCAGUCGACAACGUCUCCGCCAGUGAGGCGCCGCGCUCUACGAGGAAGAAUUGGGGGUGAGAGAUAGAUGCAGCGGCGACGAGUGAUUGCGAAGAAGAAGAAUUGGGGGCGGGAGAUUGAUGCAGCGAAGGCGGGUGGUUGGAAAGAAGAAGAAUUGGGGGUGGGAGAUGUUAGAGAGUGGUAUAUGGUCCACGAUUGAACCUCUCCCAACAACUCGAGUUAUUGGGAUCAACUGGUUCAUGACAUGGUAUCAGAGCCUCGAACCAAAAGGUCAUGUGUUCGAAUCUCCACGACCCCCAAUAUUAAUCGUUGUCUUUCAAGCACAUGGUAUAGUGGGCCUGUGCAAACUUCAAGCCCGUGAGUUGGCUUUCGUUUGAGAGGGCGUGUUAGAGAGUGGUAUAUGGUCCACGAUUGAACCUCUCCCAACAACUCGAGUUAUUGGGAUCAACUGGUUCAUGACAGGAGAUAGAUGCAGCAGCGGCGGGUGGUUACGAAGAAGAAGAAUUGGGGGUGAGAUAUCGAUGCAGCGGGGCGGAUCCGACCUGGAGGAGCUUGCCGAGGAUGAACCAGGGUUUUGGGCAUGGCGGGAGUUGAAGAGACGGCUUGCGCUUGCGGAGCAGGUGAGGGAAGCUUGAGUCUCCCUCCUUCUUCCACUUCUUCUUUUCUACCUUUGUUCGGGAAAGUGGAAUUUUUGGGAACUUUUUCAUUGUUUCCCCCCGGAGAUGCAGAUCUGCUGAUUUGUGUUUUUGCUUUUUAAUUUUUCUUUUAAUUUCCUUUUGUUAGUUUAUUAAUUUUAUAUGGAAAAAUAAAACUAAAUAAAAAAUAAAAUUCCACGUAAGAUACCACAUCAGUGCUGACUAGACUUUCUGUUGAAAACUAACAGUCAACUCUAACAGAAAAAUAGUUUAGAACACAAAUGUCACCGGAUACUUUAGGAAACAAAUGACACAUUCUUUAUAGUUCGGGUUUCCUAGUGGUAUUUGCCCUUUAAUUUAUAAAACUUCUAUUUGUACAUCGGGUACGAGACCAAUGAUCUUUUUUACAAUAAUGCUAACUCACAUUCCAACAUUUUGUUACCACAUCCAAUUUUUUCUUCAUUUUUCCACUUUAGAGGAAAGUGGACUCUCUGAACUUUCAUUUCUCUAUAUGUCCAAUGUAGCAGUUGAUAAAUAAGCUCAUAAUAAACUUAUUUUGUCAUUUUGCUACUACUACAGGAGCAGUUUUUCUUUUGCAAUAAUGUCAAAUUCAUAGAUUCAGCAGAAAAUUAUUUUAUUUUGCUACUUUUUGUAUAUGGAGUUUAGUUUCAAAGAUUUCAUAUAUCUAAAAAUCUAGAUAUAUCAAAUCUCUCGUACAAUGGCUCACACGCAUUUUUUUUUUUUGGGAUGGGAUGAUAUUUGGACUCUAGGCUCACUAUUUUCAUUGUGGACCAACUAGUUUUCGAUUCCUGUAUCUCUUCACAUUAAUGAAAUAAUACUGGAUCUUAAAAAAAAAAACUUUUAGAUACCUGAAAAUCUAGAUAUAUCAAAUCUCUUAUAAUAGAGUAGACUCUAUAUUUUGAUUUGUGAUAUUAUUUUUCCUCCUACUUUAGCCCUUUCUUUUUUAUUAAUCAACUAAAUACUUUUAUCAAUAUUUCUCGAGCAACUAUGAUUAUUUUAUUUAAGGGUGAACAUAUGAUUUAAUGAAAAUAAAAAUUUCUAUUUCUUAUUGAAUGUUAACAAUCACAAUUACCAAAAGAAUAAAAUUUAAUCCUUUUU